AAAAGUUGUUGCCUGCAGUGAAAGUCGUUAGAUAAGAAGCCACAUGCUGGAGUCUUUAUCUCAGCGAUAUAAAAUGUGCAUGUAAAAAUGAUUUUAACAAUCCUAAUAAGCAUUUGUAUGUAUCUUUGAGCAUGCCAGGAGACAGUGAUGCUCAACUGAAAUUUUUACAGAUUCACGGAACACAUUCAAUAAUUAGUUAAUUGCGCAAAGAGAGAAUUAUCAGCAAUGCAAGUAAAUGUUACUAAAGGUGAUUGAUACAAUGUUAAAAUGAUUUAUAAGACUAUUUAUUAGAAAAUACAGUCUACAAUUUAAUGUUAGUUCAUCUGUAGUCAGUUAUUACAGUUAUGAAAGCGAAAAAAUGUUAUUCAGUAAAACUAUUAUUUAGGUCCAGGAAGUUUUAGGAGUUCAUUGUGAGGAUCAGUGAGGGAUCAGAGAUUUCCCUUUUUUACUUUUUGCUUACUGGGGAAAUCUGGUAGAUCGAGCGUGAAUGUGAUAUGAGGGGAGAUUUUCUCUUCUAAUGAAAAGCAGCUCAUAACUGAGAAAAAUUGAUGUUCUGCAAUAAAGCAAAGAAUGUUUGGAUCAUAAGGUCAACAUUUUAUGCCACUUUAUUCAUUUAUCUGGUCUGGAAAAGAAAAAGAGAGGAGUGGAAAAUAGUGUUUAGUUAAAUAUAUUUAUUUAUAUUUAUCAUAUUUCCUGGUUUCUAAGGUCAUAAAUUUUUGUCAUCUUUACAUAGGAAUCAGCAUUUCUGCCCUAAAGAGAGUAAAUCCCAGCUGUUGUUCAGUCAGCGUUCAUGGCGUGACCUUUGCUGUUUGCAUGUCCACUGUGUAAACACAACUGGAACACAGGGAUUCCUGAUGUUACGCUUUCCCAUAAACUCUUUACUCUUUAAACAAAGCUUUAUGCAUUGGGGCGUUUUCAACUAUGGAGGUAUGGUUCUACAUAGAGAAAAAAUGUGUGUUAUGUCAUUAAUGAAGUUUCAGGCAUGAACUCGAUGUUGUUCUGCAGCUGGAUCUGAAGUGAUGUGGGAAUUCCACUAAUCUGAUGCAUUGAAGACUAUGUGAAGGUCUCGUAGAGUCAAACCAUGUAAAGCCUGAAUUACUUUUAUUAUAUAAAAGUUGUCAGGCUUCCCGGCACUAUGUCAACAUAACUCAUGUACGGGAAGCUCCUGAAUAAAGUGCAAAGUCUACAGUGGACCCCUGCACUGCUGGUAUUUAGUAAUCACUGCACUCAUGACUAAGUCACUGCACCACAUCAGCAGCUCAGCAGCAACAUCCUGAAGGUCCGGAGACGAAGCUUCUGCUAAGAGAUUGGACGUCUGGGAGCAUGUGUUGGACUGUGCUCCUGCUUCUGGUCACUCUGUGUGUCCGGGGACUGAAUGGAGAGGGGGGGGGGCAGGCUCAGCAGCCAGGCCACGUCUCCGUGGUGAUCGUGGGAGGCACCGGCGACUUGGCCAAAAAGUACCUGUGGCAGGGCUUCUUCCACCUCUACGCCAGCAAGGUCAGUAGCGGGAGCACGUUCUCGUUCUACGCCGGGGGACUGUCGCCCGCCGACAAGGCCGCGCCGGUCCUCUUCGAGAUCCUGAAGGCCGUGACCUGCUCCAAGAACGUGUCGCGGGAGCGCUGUGCCAUCCUGAAGGAGCAGUUCCUUCGCCUCUCGCAGUAUCGCCAGCUGACGAGCCUGGAGGAAUACCAGGACCUGGCCACGCACAUCGAGGAGCGGCUGCAGGAGGAGGGGAUGAAGGAGACGGGAAGGCUCUUCUACCUCUCGGUUCCGGCGUUUGCGUAUGCCGACGUCGCGGAUAAAAUCAACAAGAGCUGCAGGCCGGCGGACGGCGCGUGGCUCCGCGUGGUGCUAGAGAAACCCUUUGGUCACGAUUUCAGGAGCGCUCAGGUGCUGGCGGCUCAGCUCAGCGGCUCCUUGAAGGAUGAGGAAAUGUACAGGAUCGACCAUUAUCUGGGGAAACAGCUUGUUACACAGAUACUUCCAUUCAGAAUAGACAACAAGAAGGUUCUGGAUCCCAUCUGGAACAAGCACCACAUUGAGCGAGUGGAGAUUGUGUUGAAAGAGACGCUGGAUGUUAAAGGUCGUAUUUCCUUCUAUGACCAAUAUGGGGUGAUCAGAGAUGUGAUACAGAACCACCUGACGGAGGUCAUGGCCCUUUUGACCAUGAAGCUUCCUAAGAAUCUGAGCGACAGCGAGGAGGUCCUCCAGAAUAAGCUGCAGAUCCUCAGCUCCGUGUUGCCUUUGGGGAAGAAGCAGGCGGUGAUCGGUCAGUACCAAACUUACACAGCAGAGGUUCAGCAGGAGCUCAACAAAACCAAGGAGCACGUCAGCGUCACGCCAACAUUCGCAGCGGUCCUGGCCCACAUCGACGAGGCUCGGUACCAAGGCGUGCCCAUUCUUUUGACCUCAGGGAAGAUGUUGGACGAACGGGUGGGAUACGCGCGCGUCCUGUUCAAGAACGACGUCUUCUGUCUGGAGAACCACAACGCCCUCCACUGCCGGCCCAAGCAGAUCGUUUUCCACUUCGGCCACGGCAGCCUCCAGUACCCAGCCGUCCUUGUCAGCAAGAACCUGUUCAAGCCAGUUCUGAUGGACAGCGAGUGGAAGGAAGUGGCGGAUCACACCGACGUCAGCGUUUUAGGUUUGCCUAUUUCUGACUACUACGUGCAAACUCCAAAGGAGCAGAGGGAAGCGUAUACAGAGCUCAUCUCCCACAUCUUUGCUGGACGUAGGAACAGUUUCAUUAGUACUGAGAACCUGCUGGCGUCCUGGGGCCUGUGGACGCCGCUGCUCAGUAGCCUAGCGUCCGUUUAUCCUCGCAUCUACCCCGGUGGCGCCGACAACGGGGACCUGCUGGACGUCUGUCUGAAGGGGAGGGACCUCAGCUACACCAACGAAGUGGUGCUCAUCGGCUCUGAUCAGAUGGGAGGCGUGGGGCAGAACGGAUUCCACGUGAUGCAGGGCAAGUUUCGCAGCAGCGACAUGGUGUCGGGCUGGAGCGAGGAGCUGGUGGAGCGGCUGGCUGCGGACGUGGAGGAGGCGGCGGAGGCGGCCGUGGGCCAGAGCGGCGUCUUCCACCUCGCGCUCUCCGGCGGCUCCUCGCCCCUCGCCCUGUUCCACCGGCUGGCCCUGCACCACUUCUCCUUCCCCUGGAGGAGCACCCACGUGUGGAUGGUGGACGAGCGCUGCGUCCCGCCGUCGGAGCCCGACUCCAACUUCCACACCCUGCACGGCCACCUGCUGGAGCACGUGAGGAUCCCCUAUUACAACAUCCACCCCAUGCCGGUGCAGCUCAACCAGCGUCUGUGCGUGGAGGAGGACGGCGGGGCGCGGCUGUACGAGGGGGAGAUCGGCCGGCUGGUGAACGGCUCCAGCUUCCACUUUGUCCUGCUAGGAGUCGGCUACGACGGCCACACGGCAUCUCUGUUCCCCAACAGCAAAGAGGACAAGCUGGAGGGGGGCCUGGUGGCCCUCACAGAGAGCCCCGUGAAGCCUCACCGGCGGAUGAGCCUCACGUUCGAGGCCAUCAACAGAGCUCAGAGGGUCGCGCUUUUAGUGAUGGGCAAAGGCAAGCAUGAGCUGAUGACCCAGCUGAGCCGCGUGAAGGACAACCCCAACAAGUAUCCCGUCACCGGCGUGAAGCCGGCUAAUGGCACGCUUGUUUGGUACAUAGACUACGACGCGCUCAUAGGAUAGGGGUUGUGUUCCCAACGCUGAAUUAGAUGAGGAGGUGGGAGAGUACCGCGGUCGCACGUCUCUGAGCUUAUUAACUACAAAACGCAUUUACUGAACAUGACUGAUGAUGUGAUUAUCUGGUUUCUGGUCGACCUUCUGGAUCCUGUAAGUGUCUGAAUGUGAAGUUCUGAAGCACAACCAGUGAAGCAGGUUUCAUUUUGCGGAUAUCAGUACUUUCAUUUAGUAGCUGAUGAGCAGCUUUUUACCCUGUGAUAAUGUGAAAUUUCUAUUCAGACUUUCAGCGGCUCAUCUGAACCCGUGCGUUUAGAGUUUACACAUGGGCUCUGCACGGUUCUGUGUUGUAAACAUGUUGCGUCUGCAUCCAGUUCAGUGACCUGUGAGAGCAGCAGAGUUUGUGCUCUCGUUACAGUGGGGCCUCAGCUGAGCGUAAUCUCAUCAUUCAUCAACAUCUGACUGAUUUGUUUCUAUUGCUGUAUGGACCCAUGGAGUAAAACAACAUGACAGAAUGUGUGUGGGCAGAUAGUUAUUAUAGUUUUAAUUAAUAUAUUUUAUUUCAGUCCUUUUCACAUUUCACAGGUACAUGGGUCCAAAACCAAGAAUAAGUCGCUGUUUUAAAUGCAAGUGUGCAGGAGUUUUGUUUUUUUAUUUGGUUUAUGAAUCUUUUGCUUAAGUUCUACAUGGCUUCCUCUGCCGCUAGAUUAUUAGAUUAUUUCUAGGAUUUGGAAAUUUUGGACAAACUUGUGAAGACCGAUUUUGACUCUUGUUCUCGGGUUUCAGUACAGGAUGCAAUAACAGGGUGUCUUAAUUCUUAUCAAAGCUUCUUUGAAGACCCUGUAAAUUCUCAUAUUUUUCUACAACAUCUGGAUUCUUAAACAUUGUAACCCAGAUGUCCUGUAGCUUAGUCCACACUACACCUGAUGUGGUUUCAGCUUUUUAAUUACAGAAAUAUCAUUUUCAGUACUGUAUACAGAGUUGUCAUUUUUGUGCUAAUCUUUUGGUAUCAGGUACAUAUUUAAUAACUUCUUGUGUCCAAUUGUUACAUAAAACAAAUAUGAAGGAAGAAUCUCUAUAUAAAAUCCAAACGGUUUCAGUGA